AUGAAAUGUGAUGGUAAUGAUAGUAGCUCGGAUGAUACCACCAAUAUGGAGUCAUCAUCCAUCAAUGAUGUUCAAAUUACCACAAGGAAGAAGAAGCGUGGGAUUAUCGAAAAGCGACGUAGAGAUCGUAUCAAUCGUUGCUUACAUGAAUUAAAAAGAUUAGUACCGACGGCAUAUGAAAAACAGGGAUCAGCAAAAUUAGAAAAAGCCGAAAUACUGCAAAUGACAGUAGAUCAUUUAAAGUAUCUAAAACUUCAUCUGAAAGAAGGCAGAGAUGGUGUUGCACAUUAUUAUGGAAGAUCGCCAUUAGCUGCAGUGGAUUAUAAAGCAUAUGGAUUUUAUGGUUGUGCAAUGGAACUCAAUCGUUAUAUAUCUGAUCAUCAUGGAAUCGAUUGCAGCGAUACAUCUCGAGUACGUUUACUAAAUCACUUAGAAUCAUGCAUGAAUCAGCGCUUUUCAAACUGUUCUUGCUCCCAAGAUUCUUUACCUCCAGUUGGACCAGUAGCUUUUCAUGCAAACCCUCAACAAUCCACGACUUUUUGUGCAACUGCUAUGCCAGUACAGCUCAAUCUCAUGGCAAAUGAGACUAUGAAAGCUGCUCAUAUUGGUUCAAUCCCACUUGAAAAUAGCAGUUUAUGCUCACGAAUGCCUCUACAUCCUAGUGUUAUUACGACUGGCAUAACCUCGCAUCCUGGCUUUCCUAUGUAUUCUCAACAAAUAGCUCCUAGCAUGCCGAUUACAUAA